AUGACGCUAAAAAUUUUUUCGAAACUUUUCACUUUUCUCAUGGUACUAAAUAACGUUCAAACUUUUAAUUUGACCGACAUUUAUGAUCUCAAUUCAAUAAACCAUUUUUUCGAUGAUAUCUCGACGAAAGUAAAAAAUGAGUAUCUUUCUAAUGAAUUAAUAACUGACGGUGAAAAGAAUAUUAUUUUAAACAAAAUCGUGAUUGAUUUGAUUGGAAUACUUACAAAAUUAGACGACAUAAAAAGUGACUUUGAUGAUAAUUAUUUGACCCAAGAAUUCGAUGGUUUGAUGAAAUCGUUUGAAAUUUAUAACUCUAAACUUCGAGAUUUUGAAUCGUAUUCGUCUUUAAUUGCGCGCAAAAAAAUUAUAGACGAAAAACGUUAUACAAUCGAAACUUAUGUCAAAUGGAUAGUUUCUUUUCAAAACGAUACAGAGUUACAAAGUUUAAUAAAUUUUUGUCCAUUUAUAUCGAAAAGUAUUGAACUUAUUGACAGUGUUUUUCAUUCUGAUUCCAUCGCUGAAGUAUUAAAUGAGUUGAUUGAUAACAUUUCGAAGAAAAUAGAGACUAACCAGUACAAUAUUUGUGGUCAACGAAGCUCAUUAAAUGAAGGAUGGUUUUUCUACUAUCGUCAAACAAUGACUGCUUUUCUCAAAAAAAUGGUGAUCUAUUACUAUUUCGGAGUUAUAGACGCAAGAUGUAAAAAUGAACAACAAAAUGAUGCUAUGACAUUUUUGAAGACAAAUUCAAUCGAAAUUUUAACAAAGAGUCUAAAGUCGUCAAAGCAGUUACAACAAAUGAAUUAUUAUAUGUAUCAAUGUGAUGCAUUUGAUCUCAAAAAAGGUGAUUAUAUUAGUACUUAUGAACUAAGGCAAAUAAGUAAAAUCUAUGGAGGAUAUUAUCAAUUGGAAAGGAUGAUUCAGACAAUGGUAAUUAACGAAAAAGAUUUAAGUGCUGAUCAAUCAUGUUGGCAUAAUUGUAAACUUAAUAAAAUGGAAGGUAACAUAAAUCAUACGGAAUGUAAAGAAUUUUAUGACUGUCGCUUUAUGAGCUAUGGUUUUCAUAUGUGCAAUGAGAAAAAAGAAAGUACAAGACGCUACCAAUGGUUCAAAGAUAACCAUGAUAUUCAUUUUGGCCCAGGACGUGAAAAAAAAUGUAACAGAAAAAUUGAAUUACUCGGCAGUUACAUUGACCUUCUCCAACUGCGUCAUUGCGAUUACUGUGUAUGCACUUGUGUAAUACAACCGAAGCGAUCUAACAAUGUUGUCACGGCUAUCAGCUUUAGAGAUCAAGUAACAAAUAUCUAUGAAAACAUGGUUGUUGUCGGUGUACGAUUUGUGAAGAAAGACUUCAUGAUCCAUAUUCAAAUAAAAGAAAGGCCACUGAGAAGACGUGGAUUGAAUGACUCAGGUUCUUGGAAAGAGCUGGAAAGUUUCGAUGUCAAUGAGCAGACUGGAAGAUUUGUUUUGAUUAAUAACAACACCGAAAGUCCACUGUUUGUCGGGAUUGACUAUGGAAACCCGAGGAUCAUUAACUUUGAUGAUUUAAUUGCACCUAAAGGUUUUGUUGUAACAGGUGUUAGAUUAGGAUUCGUAGAAAAUACACUCGAUUAUCGACAAUUCAAGACAAAACCUAUUGAACUACAAAUUAGAGUAACCCCAUUCGAUUAUAUUCAAGGACAGCUUAUUGAUCUUCAUAGAACAUAUUGGAUAGCUCUGGAACAUCAAAGUCACCAUGACAGAAAACAUUUAAAUCUUCCACAUCCUGAUGACCCUACAAAGUCAUCAGAAAAUGUAAUUGACUCAAAAACAAACCAAUUUAUAAAAUUUCGAGCUUCUGAUUUAAAGAAAGAUGCCGGACAAUCAACUGUGCCAUUUUUUGAUGCCUUGGAAGCAGAAGGUGACCCUAAUUUUCCUUUGGGAGGAAUUGGAAUCAUUCAUCGUGGACAGAAAGGAUUCGGUGGAUUUUUGGCAUUAAAAAUUUUUGAGUUAGAUCUUUCUAAGUACUUCAAAACAUAA